AUGGCCCCCCAAUCUGCCCUGGCAGAGGGGCAAGUUCCACAUGUUUUAGUCACCUUCCAGAGAGAUGUUCUCGACAAUCCCCAGAAUUUUCAUCCACUAUUCAAGAUAUGGCUUGUCAUCCAAAUGAGUCUACUAGCAAUGGUCGGUGCAUUAGGUUCGUCAAUUACAUCUUCCGCCCAGAAUGCUAUUGCGAAAUAUGUAAAUAUCAGCACCGAGGUGGCCCCAUGGACUGUGGCCCUGUUUGUUCUAGGUACUGCUACAAGUCAAGAUGCUCAGAGUAUAUUCCUGACACGCUUCUUCGGUGGUAUAUUUGCCUCGGCGCCAAUUAGCAAUAUUCCAGCGGCUUUGGGCGAUAUAUACGGUCCUGAGGCCCGUGGGAUUGCUAUGGCGUUUGUUUCCAUUUGUAUAACUGGCGGCCCGACUCUUGGACCUAUCAUUAGUGCGGCUGUAGUAAUAAAGCCUGAUCUCGGAUGGCGAUGGGCCGAAUAUAUUGAAGGAAUUGUCGCUCUAUCUCUCUCCGUAAUCUGCUUCCUUUGCCUCCCGGAAACGUAUGCUCCAGUCCUUUUAAAACGCAAGGCACAGAAGCUCCGAAAGGAAACCGGCGACUCGCGAUAUUGGAAUCCCCAUGAAAAUGUGAAAAUCAAUUCUGAAAACCAUAUUCACAAAGUACAUGAGCCCAUGCUAUUCACGGAAUCGCAAGUUACCUUCGCCGCCCUUUACGCCUCCUUCACCUACGCACUUAUCUACCUGACCCUUGGGGUCUUCCCAAUCGUCUUUGAAGAGCAUAGGCACUGGCACUUAGUCCCAUCAACCCUCCCAUUUCUCGGGAUCCUAGUUGGCGUUUCAUGUGCAGCAUUAGUCAAUUUCCUCAAUCAACCGCGUUACAAACGAGCCAUCCAGAAGAACAACGGCAAGCCCGUUCCCGAGGCGCGUCUUCCUCCCAUUUUCAUCGGCGGAAUCCUACUCACAGGAGGUCUGUUUUGGUUUGGCUGGACCGCAGCCACCAGAUACCCGUGGCCGCUACCAGUGGUCGGAGGGCUUAUCGGUGCCGGAUUCACUAUCGUUUUCCAGCAGUGUUUGAAUUUUCUGGUAGACGCUUACGGACCCUAUGCUGCUAGUGUGGUGUCGGCGAACACUAUAUUACGUUCUGUUCUCGCACGUGCGCUGCCCAUGGCCGCUCAGCCGAUGUUUGAAAAUCUUAGGAUCGCUCCAGCAUCUAGCCUUCUCGGCGGUAUAUCCUGUUUAGCCCUUCCAGUGCCUUUUCUGCUAAUGAAGUAUGGUGCUGUGUUGCGAAAGAAGUCAAGGUUCAUUUCUUUGCCCGAGUUCUAA